CCUUAGGGACCAGAAAAGGAAACUAACAAAAAAGCCUUGUCUUCUUUCUCCUCUAUCCAAUCUGCUUCUGCUUCAAUGGCGAAAGGGCAGUGAAUCCUCCUCUGCAGCUCCAAUGGAGACUGUUUCAUUCUCCAUUGCAUCUCCUCCUCUGCUUCUCCGGAACCCGAUGGAGCGACUCCGCUCCUCUCAGUCCCUCUUCCUCAGAACCCCGAAACCGUCCCUUCAAACAAGGCUGGCCCUUACCCACAAGCAUCAGCAGGGCUCAUACGCCGACGCCGCCGGCAGAAUCAGGUCCUUGGCCUUGUCAGAUAUCGACAUGGUCAGGAACAAGCAGGGGGUCUACACCCCGAAACCCAAGAAGGUCGUCGUCCUAUGGGACCUCGACAACAAGCCCCCCCGUGGCCCUCCCUACGAGGCGGCGACGGCCCUGAAAAGAGUCGCCGAGCGGUUCGGCGAGGUGGUGGAGGUGUCCGCCUACGCGAACCGCCACGCGUUCAUCCACCUCCCCCGAUGGGUAGUGGACGAGCGCCGGGAGAGGAAGCAGGUCGACAUCCUCGAAAGGAAGGGGAUCGUCAGCCCUCCUCAGCCGUACAUAUGUUCCGUCUGCGGCCGGAAAUGCAAGACCAAUUUGGACCUGAAGAAGCAUUUCAAGCAAUUGCACGAGAGGGAGAGGGAGAAGAAGCUGAACAGGAUGAGGUCACUGAAGGGCAAGAAGAGGCAGAAGUAUAGGGAGAAGUAUAUCUCCGGAAAUCACAAGUACAACGAGGCGGCUCGGGUUUUGGUUAGGCCCAAGGUAGGAUAUGGCCUGGCUGCAGAGCUGCGGAGGGCGGGGGUAUACGUAAAGACAGUGGAGGAUAAGCCACAGGCGGCCGAUUGGGCCCUCAAGAGGCAAAUGCAGCAUUCCAUGAGUAGAGGGAUCGAUUGGCUCCUCUUGGUAUCGGAUGACUCGGACUUUUCAGACAUGUUGAGGAAGGCGAGGGAGGCCGAUUUGGGGACGGUGGUGAUCGGGGAUUGGGACAGGGCGCUGGGGAGGCACGCCGACUUGUGGGUCCCGUGGAACGGAGUGGAGAGCGGGGAAGUGAGGGACGAGGAUUUGGUGCCGAGGAAGAGGGUUGAGAGGGAAGAGUUAAAUAGGGAUGAGGAUGGCAAUGGGUUGUUUUCAAUUUCAGUGUUCGAUGAGGAUUCCGAGGAUAGCGAGUUGGACAGUGUGGUGAAUGAGAUUAUAAGAGGGAGGUCAGGGUUCAGGGAUAUGAGAAUUUUGGCCUUUUCGGAAGGGGAGGAGGAGGGGGAUGAAGAGCAAGAAGAGGGAGAAUGGGUGACUGAGGAAGCAAAUGGGGACUAUUUUUCGGAGGAUGAGGAUUUUGAGAGGGAUGGCGGGUACUUUUGAAUCUGAGGAAUAGAGGGCAGAUGCUUGAUCGCUAUUUCGCAUCGGAAUCCUUGGUAGUAUUGCUUCGGAACAUGUGAAGGAAUAUGGCAAGUGAUGGCUCUGUUGCUAGAGUUCAGCAAAAUAGGCUUUUUGUCAGAUGGCAAAGAACAGGGCGGGAUAUCUUUCUGGGCCAAGGUUUGGUGAGGACUUCAUAGGAAGCUUGCGAGUGCAUAUGUGACUUAUGUUUGCUGCAUUCGAAGUCCCAAAUUUAGCCUCCCCGAAAACGGAUGGCUUCUUUCUGCCCUCAUCCUUGUACAGAUAAGAGAUCUCUGAUACGGAUCUGUCACGCUUCAUAAAGAAGGAACGGAAGAGGAUAUACGGAACCAUCAUACCAAAUGAUAUUCGUUCCAUAUGAGACUUCCAUUCCAAGACUCAUCAGACUCCCUCGCACCAAACGCAACUAAAGAAUUUCUUGGUAUCUUGUCAAGAACGGGUAGCCCUAUACUUUGAAUCCACGCUAAAGCCAGGUGACGUUUUUCUUGCGCAAAGCCGCUUUCAGCCACCUCAGUAAGUGGAUGUGGGAUGGAUUGUGACGUUUCCAUUUUAUAUUCGGCUUGUAGAAGUCGGUUCGGUUUAGGGCUCGGUGGAAACACUAGCUCAAUGCACAGAACUUGCUCUCUUUGCUUCUUUGACAAGGAUAAUGAGAUAGUCUCGCGUGUAAUUAUGGAGUCAUCACAUCUUCAACAUAUCCUUCUGGUGGAGGAACUGUGGAGAUCUGUACUUGGCAAUUGAUGAAGGCCUUCAAUGGCUGGCUGUUCUACUGCAUCUUCUGACCCCAUUGACGGCUUUCCUAUGAAAUGCAAGCAGUUUCCUCUUUCGGUGUUUCCGGUUGGGGUCAGGAUAAAGUCCAAUUCAAGACCUCCCGUAUGAUCAAUAACCCGUGUGCCCACAUGGUGUAGAUCGUCAAACCUAUGUUAGAUCUCCACACGCACUGUUCUUUUCAUCGCGUUAUACUCUGCUCAAGAAAUUUGACAAAACUUGAAAGAGUCGUGAGAUUUUAGACGGCCACCAACAUGCACUACUGUUGAGGGGCUCCGGCGACUUGGGUCAUGUUCGCUACCAUGUUCCAUUGAGCUCGUGUUGGCCUCGGUGCAUGUUCCUGAGUUGCUAUCAGCUUCUUUUAUUUUUGGUAGUAAGCGCAGUUCUUCAUUAACUAAUCGAGGGCUAGGUGGAGGCCUUGUCUAAGGCCAUGUAGUUCAGCAAUAACGCUUGUUGUGCCCAAGUUCAUACUAAAAUUGGCAACACGGAAACCCUGUGCGUCCCUAAUGAUCCCACCAGCCCCAACUGCGUUUGGGUUACCCCUACUGGAACUAUCAGAAUUGAGCUUGAAGAAGUUCGAGGGAGGCGGCGUCCAGCUAACAAGAACUUCAGCGGAAUUUCGCUUCAUGGAAGGUUUCAUUAUGCGAAGUACUCGGCAGCAAGUUGAAGAACAAGAAGCGGGAUGUCACUAUGAAGGGUUUGCUUGGAGAAGACAAGAAAGUUUCUAUGUUUCCACAGGUUCUAAAUGGCAGUGAUGAAGAUGAUGUCCCAUGGGAUACCCAGAUGAGAGGUCGACAAUGAUGUGCAGUUUGAUGUGAGCCAAGAGUCAAUGUUGUCAAUGAAAAAAAUUGUUGCA